AUGCAGUGUAUAUCAUGGAGCAAGGUGGCCUCUCUACGGCCCAUUCAACAACUGAAUCGAAUUUGUACUCAACUGGAAGCGUCGAGACAAGCUCAUACAAGAAGAGGAGCUGGCUCGCUGAGAUUCUUGAUUAUGGGAUGUCCAGGAUCUGGAAAGGGAACCCAAACAUCACGCAUCAUCAAACAAUUCCCAGUCACAACAACCUCAGCCGGCGACUUGCUACGGGAUCACAUCACACGAGGAACAGACGUCGGCAAAGUCGCUGCCAAAUACAUUGAUCAGGGUAAUCUGGUGCCGGAUGAGCUUAUAAUCAAUCUGGUGUUGGAGGAGCUGAAUGCUAGUUUGCUUGGAAAGAACUGGAUAUUAGACGGCUUCCCACGAACACUUGGACAAGCCAAGAGUCUAGAUGCAAAACUGAAUGAGAUGAAGCAGCCAUUGGAUUUGGUUAUUAAUCUGGAUGUGCCUGAAGAAGUCAUAUUGGGUCGUAUUAUGGACCGAUGGAUACACGCUCCAAGUGGCCGAGUCUACAACCUCUCAUACAACCCUCCCAAAGUCGCUGGUAAAGACGACAUUACUGGAGAACCGCUCAGCAAGAGAGCUGAUGAUAACGUCGAAACAUUCAAAACCAGACUCGACAAGUAUCACUCAGCUACUCGACCACUGCUAGAGUACUACAAGACUCAAGGAAUACUGAAAUCGUUUUCGGGAAAGACGUCAGAUGAGAUCUUUCCAAAGAUUCAGAGUGAGCUCAAAACUUGGUUUUGA